AUGUCGGACCCCCGACGUGAUACUUCCAAGACGGAAGUCGAUGCCAUACCCAUUGAUGCUCCUACCAGCAAAGAAUUUGAGUUGGAGGCGACGACCGUUGUUUCCUUGCCACCAACGACCCUCACGGAUGGUGGACUCCGGGCAUGGCUCCAGGUUAUUGGCUGUUUCCUUGUCUUCUUCAAUGUUUGGGGCUUCACCUUUGCAUUCGGCCUCUUCCAGAACUAUUACGAGACGUCCUUCCUUAAAACGAGCUCUCCAUCCGAGAUAUCCUGGAUCGGGACACUUGCAUCGUAUCUGUUGAUCGUUAUUGGCAUCAUCUCUGGGCCGUUGUUUGACCUCGGCCAUUACCGCGUUAUGCUCUUUGGUGGUGCGGCUAUGUCGUGCUUGGGGAUUUUCAUGUUAAGCUUGUCAAGCCAGUACUACCAGAUCAUCUUGACUCAGGGUAUCUGCACGGGUCUUGGCUGUGGCGUUCUUUUUAUCCCAGGAAUGGCACUUGUCAGUCGUUCAUUCAGAGCGCGGAGAGCAAUCGCACUCGGCCUCGUGAGUUGCGGUGCUCCAUUUGGUGGCAUCAUUUAUACCAUUGUUUUCCAGCAGCUGAUCGAUCCCUUGGGUUUUGCUUGGACCGUCAGAGUCAUGGGUUUCAUCAUGCUCGCGUCGUUUCUUCUGGCAUUCCCUCUGUUGCUCUGGGGGGCUACAAAUACUGGUGACAUCAGCUCGGGCACUGCACGAAAACUCUUCGACAGGGCAGCUCUUAAGGAUCUCGGGUUCUGGUGCUAUACCUGGGCAAACUUCUUUUUGUUUACUGGUUAUCUCGUUCCCUUUUUCUAUAUCCCCAGCUACGCACAGCUUGCAUUGGGCACAUCACGGGCUCUAGCGCUUUAUUCGGUUGUGAUUGCACAGGGAUCUUCAGUGAUUGGGCGAAUGAUAGCCUCGACUGUCGCGCUGCAUAUAGGUGUGAUGAUUCCCUGGAUGAUUUGUGGCUUCGUCUCCGCCGUUCUUUGCCUGGUUUGGAUAGGCAUUCACAGCAAAGCUUCUUUCUGCGCGUUUGCCGCUCUCUAUGGCUUCUUCAGCGGCGCUCUCAUUCCACUACCACCUAGCAUAUUCCCCGUUGUCUGCCCUGACCCGAAGGUCUUGGGCGCCCGACUCGGUAUGGCUCAAGCAAUUGGAGCCACCGCUUCCCUUAUUGGCAGUCCGAUCGCUGGAGCCCUGGUUGGCGAUGAUGGACGGCACUAUGUGGGACUGCAACUCUUCAGCGGGCUUGUGAUGAUGGUCGGAACUGUGUUCCAACUGUGCCUUUGGUUCACCUUGGUCAAGAAGAGAGACUGCAAGGUCCUGGUCUAG